CGAUGGCGGUUUCGGACAAAAAAGAAAUAGAAAAUUCUUGAGUGGACUUUCCUUUAUAUAUUCGGAGCGGGCUAAGGUACGGGAAUUUUUGUCCAACUGACGCAAGUCGUCAAAUCGGCAAUGUUGGAAAAAUCUCUGGUAUCAAUGCCGCAUUGAAUUCAUUUCUCUCCUCGAUUAGGGUUUUGGUUCGGACAGCGAAAGGUUUUUGCGCCUCUUCUGGUAAGGUAGGCGGCUGGUAAGAAAUCGACAGAUUCGCGGCGGAUUUGGCGGCAAUGGAGGAGAGGAAUAGGAUGGAGAUCGAGAAGGAGGACGUGAUCAGGAGAGUUCCGCCAUGGACAAAACAGAUCACGGUUCGAGGAAUCGUCGCGAGUACGAUAAUCGGAACAAUGUACUGUGUAAUAGCGACGAAGCUGAACCUGACAACGGGGCUUGUCCCGAACCUUAAUGUGUCGGCUGCUCUGCUGGCGUUCAUCUUCAUUAGGGCGUGGACGAAAGCCCUGGCGAAGACGAGGUUCAAAACGACGCCGUUUACGAGGCAGGAGAACACGAUUAUCCAGACGUGUGCGGUUGCUUGCUACGCCAUUGCCUAUGGAGGUGGAUUUGGUUCUUACUUGUUGGGGUUGAACAGGAAGACGUAUGAACAGGCAGGGGUCGAUACAGCGGGGAAUUCACCACAGAGUGUUAAAGAGCCUCGACUCGAUUGGAUGAUUGGAUUUCUUUUCGUUGUUUGUUUUGUUGGUUUGUUGGCUUUGGUUCCUCUCAGAAAGAUUAUGAUCAUCGAUUACAAAUUACCUUAUCCAAGUGGGACUGCAACAGCUGUUCUUAUCAACGGAUUUCACAGUGGUAAAGAAGACAAGAUUACAAGAAAACAAGUCAGGGGAUUCAUCAAGUAUUUCUCAUUUAGCUUUGUCUGGAGUUUCUUCCAAUGGUUUUACUCCGGCGGCGAUUCCUGUGGGUUCAUAAAUUUUCCGACAUUUGGAUUAAAAGCCUUCAAACAAUCAUUUUACUUCAAUUUCAGUAUGACUUACGUCGGAGCAGGAAUGAUCUGCUCCCACAUCGUCAAUUUGUCGUUGCUGCUCGGCGCCGUAAUAUCGUGGGGACUGAUGUGGCCAUUGAUAGGUAAUAAGAAGGGAGAUUGGUUCCCUAAAGACAUCAAGGAAAGCAGUAUGAAAAGUCUCAAUGGUUACAAGGUUUUUAUUUCGAUCGCGCUUAUUUUGGGCGACGGGCUCUACAAUUUCGUCAAGACUUUGUUGUUCACUGCCUUAAGCAUGUAUUCGGCGUAUAAUCGGAAGGUUUCCGCAGUUGAGGACGAGAAAAACAAGCUGGCGGACGAUGCUCGAAGGGACGAAGUGUUUGUAAGAGAGACGAUUCCCCUGUGGGUCGCUUGCGUCGGCUACUUGCUGCUCUCUGUCAUUUCGAUCAUCGUCAUCCCGAUCAUGUUCCCACAGCUCAAGUGGUACUUCGUUCUCGUCGCGUACGUUUUCGCGCCGGCGCUCGGCUUCUGCAACGCGUACGGAUCGGGUCUAACGGAUAUGAACAUGGGCUACAAUUACGGGAAAGUAGCGCUCUUCGUGCUCGCGUCGUUGUCGGGAAAGGACAACGGCGUCGUCGCCGGGCUGAUUGGGUGCGGAUUAGUGAAAUCGAUCGUGUCGAUAUCUUCCGACCUAAUGCAAGAUUUAAAGACGGGGCAUUUAACGAUGACGUCUCCUCGAUCGAUGCUCGUCAGCCAGGCGGUCGGGACGGCGAUCGGCUGCGUCGUGGCGCCGCUCACAUUUUUCCUAUUCUACAAGGCAUUCGACGUCGGGAAUAUUCACGGCGAGUACAAGGCGCCGUACGCGUUAAUUUACCGCAACAUGGCGAUUCUCGGAGUCGAGGGCUUCUCGGCUCUGCCCCGACAUUGCUUGGAGCUGUGCUAUGGGUUUUUCGCGUUUGCCGUUCUUGUCAACCUCUUGCGGGAUGUUGUGCCGGGGAAAUUCGGGAGAUGGGUUCCUCUCCCGAUGGCGAUGGCAGUGCCUUUUCUCGUCGGAGCGUAUUUUGCGAUCGAUAUGUGCGUCGGGAGCUUGAUCGUUUUCGCGUGGCAGAGGCUCCGGAGAGAGGAGUCGGGAUCGAUGAUUCCGGCGGUCGCGUCGGGGCUGAUCUGCGGCGACGGAUUGUGGAUUCUUCCGGCGAGUGUUCUGGCGUUGGCUAAGAUUAAUCCGCCGGUUUGUAUGAAUUUCUUGCCUGGUAAGAGCAGCACCUCGUGAGGGGACGGAAAUGGAGUGUUGUUAGAAUUUAAAUCCAGAGAUGGAAAAGUUUAGCUAGUCGAUAAUUAUAAAGGUUGACAAUAAAUUUGAAAUAAAAAAGGGAUAUUAAUAGA